AUGGCGAGUUAUUCUGACAUGAACGAAUUCAGCGUAGAACAGCUUAUGGCCCUCAACAGCAUCAUUGACAGCGACAACGAGAUCGAUGAAAGAGUAGAGAACAUCAUGGAGGACAAAUCAUACAGGAUUGCACCUAGUGAUAAGGGCAAAGAUCCCUUUGAAGGAGAAAGACAAUUUGUGGAUGAAGUUGACCGUGAUAUGGAGGUAAAGAAACCAAGACGUCUUCCCUUGAACUAUAAGGGUAAAAGAGGGAUUAUGCCAACAUGGAAGUACUCUGAGAGGCAAAAGGCUAAGGCCUUACUUGUAGAGGAGGCAUACCAGAAUUUACUGAAGAGAGGAGUUGAGGGAUUACCACCGACAAUGGGAGGUAGAUGGCGCACAGAUGAUCCUCAGGUGAAUGCGGAAAUUAGGAGAAUCGAAAAUGAGAGGAAUCCUAAGCGUCCCAGAGGUAGACCACCAAAGCCUAAAACUGAGGAUAAAGUUAAGGUUCCUAAAAGGAGAGGUAGACCACCAAAGCCCAAAAUAGAUGCCGAGGUUAAGGUUCCAAAAAGAAGAGGUAGACCACCAAAGCCUAAGGUUGAUGUUAAACAACAAAAGCCUAAGGUUAAGAGGCAAACUGUUGCGGAAAGAUUCCUGGAGCAAAAGAAGAUAAAACUCUCAGUGCCUGCGAACAGUAUUAUAACUCCGACAGGUCCGGGUAAGUUUACGAUCAGUGUGGAUCUUAAUAAGAAACCCACAAGGAAAGCUCCUGAACUACCUAAGGGUGUAGCUCCAUGGAAACCGACACCUAAACCUAGAACUAUACUUCCUCCUAGGGAAAGACCUGUACCGAAACCUAGGACUAAGCUUCCUAGGGAAAGACCUGUACCGAAACCUAGGACUAGGAAACCAGUGUCUCCCCCUAAGUUACGUAAGCCAGUAAGAGUGUCGAGGGAAGUCAAGGAGCAGCCUGUAGUGGUCACACCAGAGGAACAUGAAAUCGAUCCAUUUGGAACAGACCUUGAAAAGCCAUUCCAUAGGAAAAUCGAAACAGCCGCAAAUGGAGCCGCCGUGACUUACUCGAUAACUCCUCAUCAUAUGGACCCCCUGAACCAGAUGACUGCAAGUAGACAGGUAGUGAGAGGAAUACUUGUGAACGAAUUGAAGAGAAUGGGAGGGUUGAAGUACACGGAGACAAUAAAGGUGAGAAUGUCGAAGGAGAUAGGUAACGGUAAGACAAAGAAGGACUCAAUCUACUUCAAGUCUAAAACUGGCACAGCAACUAACUUCGAGGACAUUGAAAGUACAGCUGCUCAAAACCAACUAACAAUUUUGUCUAGAAUUGAAACCUUUCAAAACUUAGAUUCAAAUUGGAUUAUACUCAAUAUUGAGAGCCAUUACGUAAACAUUGCAAUGUACAAACCUCUGAAGGGUAGUUCGUAUAUGAAACUUCCUGAAGACAUUAGUAAUUCAAAGUGCGGGCUCAUCAAUAUGAGGAACAACGAUAAUAUGUGUUUUCUGUGGAGUCAUGUGAGACAUUUAAAUCCUAAGACUAUAAAAGCAACUACCAUUACACGGAAGGAUAGGGCGUUCGUAGACAACCUAGAUUAUAGUGGUAUAGAGUUCCCUGUGAAGAUAAGUGACAUUGAUAAAAUUGAGAGGAAAAACAGUAUAAACAUAUCAGUGUUCGGUUAUAAGGGCAAAAAGCAGUUCUAUCUUAUAAGAAACUCCAAAGCUAAAUAUGAUGAGCAUAUGGAGCUUCUACUUCUAGGUGACGGUAACGGUAACGAUAACAACCACUAUGUGCUCAUAAGGGAUGUAAACAGAAUGCUCUUUAGCGUAAGUGGAUACACUCAUAAGAAACACUUCUGUUUACACUGUCUUCAUAGUUGUGUGAGUGAAAAGGCACUGGAAAAACAUAAGGAGACGUGUAUCGAGGUAAAUGGAACUGAGUCUGUAAAGCUCCCCAAGGAAGGUACUAAAAUAAAGUUCAAAAAUCAUAGGAACUCGAUGCCUGUACCGUUUGUAAUAUAUGCAGAUUUUGAGUCCAUACUGGUACCUGAGGAGAGAAAAGUGGAGUCGGAAGACCCUGAGGACAAAAGUAGUACAAACCUUUACCAGACACACAAGGCUUGCAGUUUUGGUUUAAAGACUGUCUGCCAUUAUGACGACAAGUACUCUGGUGAGUAUAAGAGUUACGUUGGUGAGGAUGCUGCAAUGGUAUUCCUGAAGACUGUGUUAAUUGAGUCAUUAAGAUGUAGAGAAAUGGUGAACAAAAUAUUCAAGAAAAAGAUGGUAAUUACACCUGAACAAGAAGCUGAAUUCUGGAAGGCAAGAAACUGUUCAAUAUGUGGUAACGACCUUGGUGAGGACAGAGUAAGAGACCAUGAUCACGUAACAGGACUGUACCGUGGAGCUGCUCAUAAUAUGUGCAACCUAAAGUACAGAAUUACAUGGAAAGUGCCUGUGGUCUUCCACAAUCUGAGAGGUUACGAUAGUCAUCUAAUUAUGCAGGAAAUUGGUAAGUUCAAGAUGAACAUUAACGUGAUCCCAAAUAAUAUGGAAAAAUAUAUUUCCUUCUCACUUGGUAAGAAUCUUGUCUUCAUAGACUCUAUACAGUUUAUGGCUUCUUCACUGGAGGCACUGGUGAGUAACCUUUCACCUGAGGACUUUAAAAUAGUAGGUGAGAGGUGGAAGGGUGAGGACUUCGAUUUAGUAACACAAAAAGGCGUCUUUCCAUAUGAAUUUCUGGAUGACAUUAGUAAACUCAAUACAGAGGGUCUUCCAAGUAGAAAUAAGUUUUACUCAUCACUGUAUGAGUCAGAGGUGAAGGAAGAAGAUUACCAAAGAGCUAGGAAAGUAUGGGAUCACUUUGGGAUGAAAACCAUGAGAGACUACCACGAUCUCUACCUGGAGACUGACGUUCUUCUGUUAGCUGAUGUAUUUGAAAACUUCAGGAGAACUUGUCUGGAAAAUUACAAACUUGACCCUGCACAUUACAUGUCAGCACCUAGUCUAAGUUGGGACGCUUUCCUAAAACAGUCAGGUGAGGAAAUAGAACUCGUAAGUGAUAUGGACAUGUUUCAAUUCUUUGAGAAGGGAAUGAGAGGUGGUAUAAGUCAUAUUGCUCACAGACACUCAACAGCCAAUAAUAAGUACAUGGAAACGUACGAUGAGUCGUCUGAAAACAAGUACCUUAUGUACCUCGACGCUAACAAUUUAUAUGGCUGGGCGAUGUCACAACCACUACCUAAUGGAGAGUUUGAGUGGGUUGAGGAAGUUGAUGGAAUGAAUCUAGAUGAUUACCUUGGAGACAAUGAAAGAGGGAUGGUUUUAGAGGUUGACCUGGAAUAUCCCAAAGAACUUCACGAUUUACAUAACGGUUAUCCUCUAGCACCAGAGAGUAAAGAAAUUGAUUCUUCUAUGUUGUCAAGUUAUGCGAAGAGUAUUGCUGAGAAAUUCCAGCUGACAAUUGGAGGAGUAAGAAAACUGGUAAACUCACUUGGUCCCAGGAAGAACUACGUCUUACAUGUACGUAAUCUGAAACUCUAUACAGACCUUGGAAUGAAACUCACAAAGGUUCACAGAGCAGUCACAUUCAAACAGUCUCCUUGGCUUAAAAACUACAUUGACUUUAACACGAAGAAACGGUCAGUUGCUCGUAACACGUUCGAAAAGAACUUCUUCAAGCUGAUGAAUAAUUCGAUUUACGGAAAGACUAUGGAAAAUUUAAGGAAACGAGUUGAUGUAAAAUUAGUGUCCUCAAAAGACGACCUCCUAAAACUGACAGCAUCACCGUGCUUCCAGUCACAUCGAAUCAUGAACGAGAACCUAAUAGUUGUAAAAAGAAUUAAGGAAGUUCUGACUCUAAACAAACCGUGUUAUGUGGGAAUGAGCAUCUUAGACGUAUCUAAGACUCUAAUGUAUGAUUUCCAUUACAACACCAUCAAGAAGGAGUACGGUAACAGGUCAAGGCUACUGUUCACAGAUACUGACAGCCUUAUGUACGAAAUAAAGACUGAUGAUGUCUACGAGGACUUCAGGAGGAUCGGUGAAGAGCAAGACUGCUGGGAUAAUUCUGAUUACCCAAAAAGUUCUCCGUACUACUCAACUCACAACAAGAAGGUCAUAGGUAAGUUUAAGGACGAAGCUGAAGGAGUACCCAUAAUUGAGUUUGUUGGGUUGAGGUCGAAGAUGUACUCAUACGUGAAGGAAAACGGUGGAGGUGGAAUGACCGCUAAGGGAGUCAAAAAGUAUGUCAUCAGAAAUAAGCUCACUCAUGAGAACUUCAAGAAUGUGAUUAAGACGAAAGGUAGGAUGAGACAUAAUAUGAACACAAUCAGGAGCAUCAAGCAUACAAUUGGGACUUAUGAAAUGAGGAAGGUCACUCUAAGUUGCUUUGAUGAUAAAAGGUAUAUCUUGGAGGAUGGAGUUACCAGUUAUGCUUACGGACACUACCUGACAAUGAAGGAAGCAGUCAAAUGUAAAGUUGAACCUGUAAAUGAACUUAUUAGAGUUGGAAGGCUACCCGGAGAAUUUACCCAAGAGGAAGCAGAUCACAUGAUAAUAGAAAGGGUAAAAAAUAAGUGUAGAAAAUUAUGCCCCCUUCGAAGAACCCUGGCGGAUCUUACACUAACUAGAAACAAUAGGGACAUAUUACCACGUGAAGCUGAAGAUUACAUAAAAACUCUAGUAAACGCGGCUAUGGCAUAUGGAAGGUAGUUGUUCAAGCGUUGAUUGAAAGGUUUUUAUAGAAGGUGUGUGUAUCCUCAAGAGUGAAACAAAAGAUGUUAAAAAGGCUUUAGAAUAGAGGAAUUGAAUGAGAUUGGUGGAGUUGAAAUUUGAAGAUGUGAGAGAAGUAAAUCGUUUUAGUUUAGUUGGAAAAUCUAGCGCUAGAAAAACCAAUGUGGUCUAGAAAAUAAAAUCAUGAUUAAAAAAUUCAGAUUGAGACGGUGGGAUUUCGGUUCACGGAAAAACCAUAGAAAGUCGAGGGUCGUCGACACGCUAGUUGCUAUACUACUAAGAGUGCUGUCUUAUUUGUGAUAAGUGUUUAGAUGAUGGUGUCGUCACCCAUAUUACCACAGGAAAGGUGAGAGACAUCCCAAACGAAUGUAUUGAACAAUUUUAUACGGAAGCUAAGAGAAUUAUUGACACACAUAUUUAUAAUGCUGAACAUUCUAGUUACCUUAUGAAUUAUGGCAAUGCUGAUAGUAGUGAUCAAGUGAAAAAGAUCAUGGAGGGGGUAUGCUUUAUUGAAAGCGAAAAAGACUUACUUCACAAUUAUGAUAUCUGGGAUGAAAACUGUUCAAAAGCUUUAUUUGAACUAAUUACAAAACUUGCACCAAAUAUUUGA